UCUACAUGUUCCGCACCAAACGGUCAUUUGUUAUAAAAUUCCGUGACCUAGAUCCGAUUCAAAGAUCACCAAUAUCGCCUGAGUGGAUGAUGUGGAAGACAAAACGAGAAUAUGCCUUAUCCAGAAAUCCUUGAAGGAAAAGCCGGGGCUGGUACCGCAGUGUUUCCUGACAUAGAGCCGUUGAAAAAGGUGUGCGAGUAAAUAUCGCUGCUAUUUGGCCCGAAUAAGUAUGCUAAUGCAGCAACAGCAUCAAGUUGGUGACCUAUCCUUGGAGGCCUAUGGAUCCAAUUUGGAUGACAUCCAGAAAGCCUUGUCCUCCAAGACAUGGUUUGGCUUUGAUCUUGAUGACACGCUCCAUGAGUUCCGAAAGGCCUCUGCAUCCGCGUCCUCUGCUGUGUUCAAGGCGAUCCGCAAUGAGAACCCAAAUAUUAGGAUAGAAGACCUUGACACGACCUACCGUGAUAUACUUCGUUCAAAAACAGCCGGUGCUUUCACCGAUGGAAGGACAUCUACUGAGUACCGCAGGGAGCGCUUCUCCCAUCUCCUUCAGGUCCAUGGAAUUGCGCCAUCGGAAGACUAUAUAAACCGUCUCUUAGCAAUCUAUCAAAAUAGUCUCGGGAAUUCUCUCAGACUGAAAACGGGCGCGCUUCAGUUGCUCCAAAGACUGAAGACACUAGGUAAGAAAGUGAUUGUGAUGACAGAGGGGCCGCAGGACGCGCAGGAAUGGACAGUAUCAGAACUUGGACUGCGGAGCUAUAUUGACAUUCUUAUCACGACCAAUGAGAUAGGAAAGUCCAAGAUCGAUGGCCUAUUUCCGAUUGUGUUGGACAAAUACAAUAUUGCCGCCUUGGAUAUCGUCUAUGUGGGUGAUAAUGAGCAACGAGAUAUUUUCCCGGCACGGGCAGCGGGUAUAAUGACUGUGCUUUAUGAUGAGCGGAGUGAUUGCCGAUUUGAGAACGCUGAGGUAUUUCGUCUUAAUUCUCUUCUAAAGCUGAAGUAUCUGGUAGGUUGAGAAGCUGGCUUGGCUAUGAUGUUAGAGACAAAAGAGUUGUACGUGGUCGUUGAUGUAUCUGCUUAAUUCAGUACAUAGGAUAGGGUCUUCUUUCUGAGUAUACUUGAGGUUUGCUACUAUACCUGACUGUAUCUCUCUUGGUAUAUAUGCGUCCAGGUUUCUGAUAGCUUCUCCACUCCAGCCGAUCUUGGCAAAUUCAUGCUACUCAAAAUUCAUAAUCCAAGUUAACUCGUG